AUGGCUACGAAAUCCGAAGCCAUCGAUGAUAGCAAGUCCAUUGCUGGCUCACCUCCCUCGUACAACACAAUUCAUAACAUCCAAGUCAAAUGCAGACAACCAUCCGUAUUCUCCUUUUUAUCAGUCAGGCAGAGACGUGCCACCGCUCUAUCUCGCAUUCGUGAUCUUGUCUCUGCUACAUAUGUCACCCCUUCCUCUAUUGAACCGAUUGUCAAUGCAUAUAUUCAUGAUCUUACAGUUGCAGAGCUCUCCGACCUUCUGCAAACACCCAAUAUCGAGGGUCACACGGCGCUGUAUUGGGCAAUUGUGAAUCACCGACGAGAAGUAUUCUCGGCGUUUAUUGGAUUCAUUUCCAAAAUUUCAUCCAAAUGCUCUUCCGACCUACGUCUUGCGUGCAUGCAAACCAGCGACCAAGCAUCAUUCUUGCAGCUAAAUUUUCAAAACACUAAUUCCAAGGACGAGUCUUUAAGACGAUUUCUGGGUUGUCCACCAGAUGAGAUUGAAGUACAUCAUGGGGUAGAACUGGACGACCACCAGUUCGUUGCUUCCUUCCGUAUCAGGAUGUUCCAGAAACGUCUACACGCUACACGAGAAUUAAAUUAUGAUUUUGUUGCGCGAGGACGUAUAUGGUGGUUCCGCUUUUACAUGGGGAGUAAGGGGAGAUGGAUUGCUGGCUAUGGUCUCUCUUCCCCUAGUCUUCCAGCUUCUCCACGUCCUUCACUUCUGUUAGAAACAGGAAAUGGGGAACCUGGCCGUGAAACACCGCCUAAAAGGGUGUUCAAGGGGGUAGGAAUAGAAUCCACGAACACACUCGUGUCGGAGGAAUACAUCGGCAAUGUAGACGGCCAGCGUUUUGUCAGCAUGACUUGGGAGUUGGACGAUCAGUGGGUGACGUACAACAAUCCCACAGAUGUAGACUGUGAUAGCACACUACAUGCAAAGCUGGAGAUCACACUCAAAGAGUAG